AUGUCAAAAUACGCCGUCAGAAACAACAGAAACAGUGGCAGUAAUUACAAUACAGGAACCUAUAACUAUAGCCAUAGGGACGAUAGUAACCUGAAUGGUGAAACUGUGAAUGAUUUACCGAAGUCAACCUGGUUCCCAAGUGCAACAUCAAGUUUAGAGGAUAAAUAUAAUCGUAGUAUUUUUCCGGAUGGGCCAAUGGCGAUUAAUUUUGAAAAAUAUAUCCAUAACAUAUUCCGUCCGGGAAAUAAGUUGCCAAAAUUGUCCACUACUUCGGAUAACUCGAUUAGUGCCCACAGUAUGCUUCGAGUUCAUGAUCUACUUGGUUCUGCUGCUCUAAAUGAAUCCUUCGAUGAAGAUAUCCUGAAAGCGAAGUCAGAGAAAAUGUUCAGUGAGCAUGGCUUAAUAGGAAGUGAGGAAUACUUACCCUACUCCUCCUACUAUCCCACAAAUAGCACCAACUCGACUUAUGUUUCAACUGUAUCGUCACCUUUCCAAAGUAAGGAUAGUUAUACAUCAUAUCGAAAGAAAGCCAAUGAUGAGUGGAAACGGAAUAACAAACAGAUGAUUAUUGAUUACAAAGGAUCCGAUAUUACUCCAUUAACCCCAUACAUGUUCGCCGAACAUCCGUAUGUUCGUAAGCAGGAUUCACGUAUUGUUUGCUCGAAUUUCGUCCAGAUAACAUCACGACCGAAAGAUCGCUUCCUGGAAAAAAUUGAUCGAACACUUGCCGAAGUUCGAGCUAUGCCACGAUUUUAA